GGAGUGACAGACAGAAGGGGAUCCGGUGGACACACAGCGGCUAACGGCUAACGGCGGAAACACGGCUCUGACAGCGGCGGCUGUGAGCCCCGGCGGGCGGGCAGAGAGAAAGAGUGUGAAGAUUGUGUGCGCAGAUCCUUCAACACUUGUCCUCAGAACCCGUGUGGAGAACCUCAGCGCGACGUCGCCUCAGCUUUCAGCAAUUUCUCUCUCAGUGGCGUGAUAACCGAUGGCCCAGAAUGUCUACGACUAAUAACAUAGCACAGGCCAGGAAACUGGUGGAGCAGCUGAGGAUCGAGGCAGGCAUUGAACGUAUCAAGGUAUCGAAGGCGGCUGCUGAUCUGAUGAGUUACUGUGAGCAGCACGCACGCAGCGACGCCCUCCUGGUGGGCGUGCCCACUUCCGAAAACCCCUUUAAAGAUAAAAAACCUUGCAUCCUCCUAUAGUCUCUCUCUCUCUCUUGUAUCCAUCCAUCUAUCCAUCAGUCAUUUUCUUCCUCUGUCCAUCCUCCUGCUUUACUCCUUUUUAUUCCCUUUGCUACACUACCUAAAAUAAGACGCCGUAAAGAGGGCACACUCAGUGAGAUGAAAACAGCCGUCUCACUCCUCGCUGAGAACGAGGGAUGAGCGUGCAUACGAUGAACGAGAAAUGGAGGAAAAGUGGAUGAUGAUAAAAUAGAGGACAAUAGCGAUCUGUACAGCCGAACACCAGACCGGCUGCAUCCCAGUUCACAUCCCGUUCCCUACAUAGUGCACUGCUUUUCCCACUCUUUCGCUCCCACAAUGCACCGCAGCAGGGUCGCGUCCGGGUGUAGGGAGCAUGGUGUGGUUUGUGACACAGCCAGGCCCAUAGGUUCUCACCAUGUUCCAUCUCCCCCCCCAUUUUAUUUUCUGGAGAACGUACCUGCGUGAAGUUUUAUCCACGCCCUCGCAGACAUCGGUGUUGUGGAACAUCCGCGUAAUACUUCAGCGUGUGGAGAACCGCAGUGCACCAGUGUGGGUUCUGCAGUAUGGAGGUAUUGGUUCUAACCUACCUCAACUUCAGUUCUCUAACUCCAGUAAAAGUUCAUCUGGAACUCUGAUUGUAAAUUCCACACAGAACCCACGAGCCCCGUGUAUAAACUUUGUCUAGAACGUCCUUGUGUGUGAGAGACAGAGUGACUCUUAAUGCUAGCUGUGUGUUGCGCUUUUCUUUUGCUGUACAGUGUUCGAUAAAUGGAGGCGUGGUUCUCCUGUGUUCUCUCUUCCUGUGCUCUUUAUUCCCUGCCCUGUUCUUCCUCCACUCAUUGUGUUCCUGGUUCCACUCAUGUGCGUGUGUUCUAUCCAAGUCUGUGGUGGUGGGUUUUUUUUUUUCUUUUUAAAUUCAGAUGAAUUUGAGCAGGUUCUAGAAUUCACACCAUCUAGAACGCCAUACCGUUUUGUUCUUGAGUUUUCAGCAUGGGUCAGGUUCUAGAAUUCAUGACAUGACGAUUCCUAGACUCUUAGGUGCUCGGCAAGGUUUUAGAAUUUUCUAGAUGUCUUCAGUGUUCUAGAUUCCUCAGUGCAGAGGUUCUAUAUCUUUUUCAUGCAUGGAGGUUGUAGACUACAGUGAGGAGAACCUUCUAGAGCCUUCACUGCAGACAUUAUGAGGGUGGUAAGGGUUCUAUAGUCAUCAGCACAAAGGUUACAAAAUUCCAGGGCAGAGGUACCUGAAUACUCAGAGCCCUGGAUUUCUAGAAUCCUCAGUGUGAAUCUUCUGAUGCCUGUUGGGGUUCUAGGAUCAUCAGUGCAGAGUCUCUGAAGUUUCUAGAAUCCUCGGUGCAGUGGCUGUUGGGGCUCUAGAAUCAUGAGCACAAGAAAAUGUUACAAAUGCGCCAGUGCAGAUGAUCCUGAAUGCUCAGGGCUCUGAAGGUUCUAGAGUCAUCAGCUUGAAAAGUUCAGGAAGGUUCUAGAACACCUGCUUGAUUUGUUUAAAAUGAAAACGUGCGCGUGUUCGUUCCAGUUGCUCUAUGGGCCGUGUCCCAAACCACCACACUCCCAUAGUCACUGCACUACACCAUCAUUAGCAAGUGGUGCUAGUUACAUGUUUGCCAGCCAUAGCCAGGGUUUCCAUGACAACCAGUCACAGGUUAUAAACAGGGAACGGUGGAGUGGUUUGGGACACAACCUGUAGACAAAAGGGUGGGAGAGAUGUGUGUGUGUGUGUGUGUUCUGGCUUUGUCCCGAUUCUGUUUCUAUCUAGUGCACCUUUGCUUGUGGACUUUACCACGUGCUGUCUCAGAUUGCAGCAAUGCAUCCUGGGUAAGUGGUGCUCCUUCAGUGAUGUACUGAUCUUCACUCGGGCUGAUGAAGUAACCAAGGGGGGGGAGUGUUGAGGUUGAAUUGGAACAAGGCCUGUGUGAUACACACACACACAGCUGAAUGUAUGGGUGUGUGUGUGAGAGAGACGAAUCCAAACCCAGUUUAAGAACAUGGCUCUUCAUGGUGACGGGCUCAUGCAGAAGGAAAGAAAGCUCAAGUGCCAAAUUUCAGUGAUUUUUAUUUUUUUCAGGACCAAACAGAAUUUUUGGGACUCUGUGUGUGUGUGCGCUGAUAAUCAGGUAGGAUGCAUUGUGAUAUUUUUUUUAACACCGCUCAUAUGAGUUUAUAAGGGAAAUCUGUCGUGUUCAUAUCGCAGGCCUGGGAGGGAGCAUGAAGGGCGUAAAGAGUAAAAGCUGUGUCUCUGAUCUCACUUCCUGGGGCGGGGCCCUGAAUAAUGUGAUUGAGCAAAGGUGUUGCAUCGCCUCCUGUUUGAUGUUCCAGUAUUUUUCAGUAAUAAGCAUGCAGCUCUGACUGAUCAGUGUUGUGAGAAAGUAAUGGCACCCUCAUCACAAACGUUAAUAAGACCAGUGAAGGGGUGUCCUCGUUAUCUCCUGAUGGAAAGAUUUAACAAAGGACUCCCUAAAGUGAAUGACGAAUGACAGGUAGUAAAUUUGAACAAUAAAUGGUCCCUUGUCAUUCAGAUUCUUACAAAUGGAAUAACGAUUGAAAUCUUUCGUUUUAAACCUCCCUAGGAUAAGAUAAGUGGGUGCUUGGUGGGAUAUCAGCUUUUACAAAUGGAAUGACAGGGUUUCUAUAUGUAUUGACUUACUUUGAGCUAAUGUUGCCAGUGAUAUCACCUUUUACAAAUGGAAUGACAUACUUUGAGGCAAUGUUAUCAGUGAUAUCAAAUUAACAAAUGGAAUGACAUUGUUUCUAGGGUUAGGUUAUAGGUGAUAUCACUGAUAACAUUGCCUCAAAGUAUGUCAUUCCACCUACAUUUCAAUCGUUAUUCCAUUUAUAAGAAUCUGAAUGACAAGGGACCAUUUAUUGUUCAAAUCACUAGCUGUCAUUCCAUUUCAUGCGUCAUUCACUUUAGGGAGUCCCUUUAACAAAGCUGCACGAUUGUUCUGGAGUUUGUUCUUAUUUUUGGACAAGUUGAAGGAAUGUGUUCACAAUCAUCAUUAGUCUUAAAUAUGUGCCAACUCUGUGUGUGCCAAGAUUCACUAACUUCAUUUUACAGAUAUGAUGCUGACAGCAAAGGUGUGUGUGUGUGUAUAUAUACACGUUUCCCACCUCCAUCCAUCCAUCACUCUGUGUUCUCUUCCCUCCGUGCAUCCUUUCUGCCUCGAUUAUGAAGAUAUCUCUAUUUUUUGUAACCGUUUCUCUCGGAUGUGCCAUAAAUCAUGUUUUCUUGCACACUUAAUAUUUUGUGGAUUUAAAAAGUUGCUGUUUGAAAUUGAGAAGGAAAAAAAAAUGAAGUAAAUAAAGAUGAAUGUCACUCAGCA